UCAUUAGCCGCAAAAAUAAAAACAAAAACAUCAAACAUUUUUACCGACUUACGCGCUAAAUUCUGUUUAAUGAAUCACAUUACGAGCUAAACUUAUAAAAAACUAAAGCAAAAGAGUAUAUUCUAAGUUUUUGUGAAAUUAAAGUACAAAUUUCUUUAAGAAUGUCUACUUGGCAUCCAAAUGAAGACUCCUCAGACUCGGAAGAUGAGGACACUAAUUUCGAAGUACGAGGCCGAGAGGCAAUCAUAUUCGUAUUGGAUGGCUUCCUAUUCAAAACACCCGAACGUUUUCAAGAAGCUGUACAACUUAUACGCGAUGCCUUUCUCUCUGGUCUUAUUAUAAACGAUAAGGAUCUGAUUGGAAUUGUGUUCUCUAACACCAAGGAGUCGCCUCCGCCUAAAGAAGUGGAUGUUCUAAAGAAUAUCGUUGUGCCAUCCAAUUGCGCAUUGUUCCUUCCACUUCGUCAAUUGAACAAGGACAUUGUCGAAUAUUUCCUCAGUUUCACUGAAGACAACUUUUUCGAUUUUGAAACUAAAUUCGGCGUUGCUGAGGGAAAGUUUGCGAACAUGAUACGACUGUGCUGCAAUAUGUUCCAACAAUGUGGUGUCAAGCUAUCCAAUCAGACCAUAGUGUACUUCUCUGAUCAGGAAACACCCCACGAACCAGGUUCGCAGGAAUUUCAAAAGGCCAUCCAAAGAGCCACAGACAUCGAAGGGCAGAACGUCGAAUUCAACUUGAUUCCUAUGGUAGAUGACUUCAACUACGAUCGUUUCUAUAAGGAAUUCAUUUCUCUCUCUAAAGACAUAGAUAUGGAUAGUUUCGAGCCAACAGAACCAAAAUUAGCCCGUGAGAUGAUAUCUGAUCGAAAGCUCAAGCUGGACAUAAACAAACGCUGCAUGGGCCAUGUCAACUGGAAUCUUGGCAAUAACCUUGAGCUAUCUGUGAAACUUUACAACUAUUUCAAGAAAUCUGUCUACCCCAAGAAAGUCUCUCUGAAGCGCGACGACAACUCUCUCAUUACAACAAAAAUAGAAAACUUUAUAGACAAGAAGGAUCCCGAAACCGAGAUAACUACUAGGCGCGAAUUGCGAGCCGAAGACGUUGAGUAUGAGUUAGUGUGUGGUGCCGAAGCUAUUCGGGUGAAUGAAGCUGAAAUGAUUAAAAUAAAGUACCCUUAUCCGCCGAUCAUACAGUUGGUGGGCUUUAAAGAUAAGUCCACUGUUAGGAAAGAUCAUUUUAUUAAGGCAUGUUCGUUUAUCUACCCAGACGAUGAACGAAUUGCUGGUUCUGCCAAAUUGUUCACUGCCCUUUGGAUGCGGUGUCUGGAGAAUGAGAAGAUCGCAGUUUGCAUAUUUAUUCCAAGGAGAAAAUCCAAGCCUUCAUAUGUAGCCCUUGUGCCGGUCACAGCCGCUAAUGAAGGCGCAAGUUCCAAUACCAAUAUUAACGGAGAUGGAUUUAAGGUUGUAUUUUUGCCUUUUGCUGAGGAACUUCAUAAAUACGACUUUAAAGAAUGGGACAUUGACGUAGCCCCCUCCGAAGAAGAAGGUGAAGAACUUCUUAGAAAGAUCAUGAAGAAGCUAAAAGUCAAAUACAAUCCAAGUACAAUAAAAGAUCCGGCUCUAGAGGAAAUACAAUCGAGAUUACUGGCUCUAGCAUUUGAUAUUAAAACCGUUGGUGGCGGUGAUAUUCAAAUGCCAGACACUCAAAAACAAGACCAGCGCAUUGAGCAAUACUUGGAAGAAUUUACAAGUUUGUUUGGUGCAGAAGCAGCGAACGAGAAAAGAAAAGCUACGAGUGCCCUGAACAAAUUGCCGGCUAAGGUAGCGAAAAUUGCUGAUCAGGAAUUGACUAUUGGGUUUAUAGAUAAUCUUAUUGCCUCCGGUAAAAUGGAUACUCUAAACAAGGAUCAGUUGUUCAAUUUUUUGAAGGCGCAUAAAGCCAAAGUUACAAAGUCCAUGACGAAAGGAGUUUUGAUUGAAAAGGUAAUGGAGCUAAGGAGUGUCUAGACAAAAAUGAAAGUGUCCUUAACUUUUUGUAAUGUUAUUUUUAUAUUGAUACUGUUGAUUUUAAAGUUGAAAUACAUACAUACAUAUAUAUUUUAUUAAAACCUUAAA